AUGGAAUUUAUCAAUAAAUGUAAAUACUGCAACAAAGAAACGCUCAUUAAAUGCACAGAGUGUUCGCACGGAUUUUGCAAUGACAUAACAGACGGAAAGUCACACAUAAUUUAUCAUUUAGUCAAAUCAAAGCACAAGAGGGUCUCUAUUUUGGAUAAAGAUGUAGUUUGUAUAGGCUGUGGUGAGAACAAUCUAUUUAGACUGGGUUUAGCUAUGGAUUCUGACUGUAGAGCAGAGCUGCUUGGACUUCUGAGUGACCUGAACUUGAAUAGUGUCAAAGACAGUGUUACUGAAGAAAGUGAAAGUAAAGAGGAUGUCGCCGAAGAGAGCACUGAAGGUCUUGAGACUUCAAAAACAACCAAGUCGAAUGCUAUGACCGAAAUUAUUAGCAGUCCAGAAGUAAAUGAAGCCAUAGACGAGAACAUCAAAUUAACAAAUGAAUCCUUUGAUCAGCAUAUGAAGUUAUUGAAUGAUUAUAGUAAACAGCUUCCAGGCAUCCUCACAAAUAUUUAUUGUGGGCAUUGCAAGGAUUUGCCUAAAAUUGUUGGGGAAAAACUAAUAAGCUUUUAUCCUUCUGUAAAAUGCUCAAUCGAAUUGCAGGAGUUAAGGAGACAGAAGCUUCACCUAAAAUCAAAAUGCACUUCACCCCAGAAUCUUAUCUCAGCACAUUUAUACCAUUGA